AUGAAUACAGCUAUUGAUCUGAGCAAUGAAGAAAACGACGACGUGCAGCCUGUUGACAUGGACUUGACUUGUAAUGUUUCUCCUGUCAGCGCUUCAUCCCAGCAGCAGGAGCAGGCAGGCGGUGCUGAGCAGCAGACCAUGACUGUUUACCUCAGAGUCCGGCCCUUCUCUCAGGAGGAGCUCUCUGACAGUGAGGAUCAGGACUGUGUAGUGAUUGAAAACAGCCAAACGGUGACCCUGAAUGCACCAAAGGGUUCUGCCACCAUGAAGAGCAGCGAGAAGGGCGUCGGCAAGUCGCUCCACAAAUUCACCUUCUCAAAGAUUUUUGGACCCGAGAUGACACAGUCCGAGCUAUUUGAGGAUACCGUCAAAAGCCAAACUUCUGAUUUCUUGGAUGGGAAGAACGCACUGAUAUUCAGCUAUGGCGUAACCAAUGCUGGGAAGACCUACACAAUCCAAGGAACUCCAAAAGAGCCGGGAAUACUUCCUAGAGUGCUGCAUGCCACCUUCCACCACAUUGGAGGCCGUCAGUAUGAGGGGAUGGACCUGAAGCCCUACCUCAGGAAUGAUGCACAAUAUCUGGAUCCUGACCAAGUCAAGCAGGAGAGAAGCGCUAAAGCUGCCAUUUUUGCUUCAGUCAAAGAAGAGGGUGAUCCUCCCAGAGCCAGUGGUGGUGUGCAGUCCCCGUCCUCCUCCGCCACCGCUCUCUCAUCCUCCUCUUUGUCCCAAGACCAAACCGUGUUGGCAAGAGACCCCACAGAAGCAGGCAGCAGCCAGUUUGCCUUAUGGGUGGCAUUCUUUGAAAUCUACAAUGAGUGCGUGUAUGAUCUGCUUCAACCUUCCCUCUGCUCAAAGUCCAAGAAACGUGCUGCUCUCAGAGUGUGUGACGACGGUGCUGGAAAUGCUUACGUUAAAGAUCUCAGGUGGAUCAACAUCCAGACCCUGGGCGAAGCCUGCAAGCUGCUGCAGUUCGGAAACAGAAACAGAAGUGCCGCAGCCACGAAGCUGAACCAGUCGUCCAGCAGAAGUCACAGCAUAUUUACCAUGAAGUUACUGAAGAUCGAUGGCAGCACGGUGAAAAGGCUCUCAGAGUUUUCUCUGUGUGACCUGGCCGGCUCGGAAAGAUGCAACAAGACCAAGACGUUCGGGGAGAGGCUGAAGGAGGCGGGGAACAUCAACAACUCCCUGCUCAUUCUGGGGAAGUGCAUCACCGCCCUCCGCAACAAUCAGACUGACCGAAUGAAGAGCAGCUACAUCCCUUUCAGAGAGAGUAAGCUCACCAAGCUCUUCCAGGCUUUUUUCUGCGGCAAAGGGAAGGCGUCCAUGAUCGUCAACAUUAACCAGUGCGCGUCCACCUAUGACGAGACCCUCCACGUCAUGAAAUUCUCUGCUGUCGCCAAACAGGUGGUGCAGGUGAUCCCUGACAAGCCUCUGGAAUCUCUGGCUCCUUGCCUGGUCGGCCGCGAUGGCAAGCCUCUGGUGAGGAAUGGGGCGAUCGACAGCCAGGCCCUGGAGAGCUACCUGUCGGAGGAGGAGCUGCUUGACGAGGAAGACGAGGCUGACAUGUCUUUGCUGCCGCAGAGUGAGGUUUUGAAUAUGAUUGAGAGCCUGCGAACAAAACUCAUGGCGGAGCGAAGAAGAAACCUGGUUCAGGAAAUGGAGAUUCGCAAAGAAAUGGGAGAUGCAAUGUUGCAGCAGCUCAUGGAGAGUGAGGAACUCCGCAGUCGACAGAUAGAAGAGCUGAAGGAGAGCUACCAAGAGAAGCUGGAGAACACUUUUGAGAUGUACAAGGAUGCUAUCAAGGAGCAUGCCUACCAGACUGCUCUGAACAAUCUGGAAGAUGACUAUGUACCGCUUGACGAGUUCAUUGCUGAACAGGAGAAGGUGGAGGCCCUCAAACUGAAAGUGUCAGAGUUGCAGAGCUUAACGCUGAGCAUCAAAGGAGGAGCGAGUGCAGCUACGACAGAGGACCAGGCGUGCCAGACUCAACCAUCUGAAGCAACAGAAUUAGCAGUGGAAGAUCGGUGCAAAUGGCUUUACAGAGAAAAAUGUGCCAUGGAGAGGAUGUGUGAGGAUAAACAACAGUUGAUUUUGUCCCUAGAGAAAAGGCUGAUGGAGCUUAGUGAGACACUUCAGAAGGUCAGAGACGCCUUCCUGGAGAAAUCAGCUGACCAGGAGGCUCUGCAGAGGAAGGUGGACGAUCAGACGAAAUCUAUGGAGGACAUCCUGAGGCAGAACAUUGAGAAGGACAGGGAGAUUGCCUCACUUAAGGCAGAACUGGACAAGCUCUCCCAAAAGUCCCCUGUGCAGCCCAAACUCAAGCGAGGCCUCCUUGCCAACAUCAAGGAGGCGGUGACUUCUCCACGAAGGGGUACGCCUGGCCGGACAUCCAGGAAGACUGCCAGGACUGCACACCACUGA